AGAGGGAAGAGGAUGGGGAAGAGGACGGUGGGGCCAGCAGGCACUCCCAGUUCUCGGGGACCCCUUCUCCUUCUCCUCCAGGGUCCUGGGUGUGAGGCUGACUUGGGAUGACCUUGAGGGACCCCAUCAGAAGGGACCCUGGUUUCUGGAAGUUCACUUAAGUUUCUUUUCCCUGGCUGUCUGGCCUGACGGGAGUGUCCCUUUGGGGCUGGCUGCCUCCUCUUCCUCCUCCUCCAUCCUCCUGUCUGUCUCCUCUUUCUGCCUUCCCUGUUCACCGGGUUUCCCCAGCUAGUCUCAGUCAUCCUCCUUCCGCCUUGCCUUCCUGGCUUUCGUGUGGAGACUCCUCUCUCCCCGCUCAGGUUCUCCAAGCCUCACCAAUCUUCAGUCCCUAGUCUCCCUGCCAGCCAGUUCCCCAUCAAUCCCUGGCCCAAAGUCUUCGGCAGGUAGGUACCUGCUUCACCUGUCCCCACCAGCCCUCCUCCCUGGGGAGCUCCCAGACCGGACUCCUCCUUUGACCCUCCCCCUGCACGCUCACCUUUAAUUGAGAUGCUAAUGAGGCUCCCGUGGUUCCCAUCCCUGGCGGCCGGGCAGGCUCCGCGGCCAGGCACUGCACCUGUCAGGUGAGAGGGUGGAGAAGGCUCCGCUGCCAGAUUCAACUGGAAAGGAACCAGUCACUGGCCGGCCACACCUGGGAGCUGGAGGCAGGAGGCAGGCAGCUCAGGUCUCCUGCAGCCCUGCGGUUCCGAGGGAGAGGAGGAGAUAGCAGGGAGCCGGAGGCCAGAGAAGAGGGCCCAGGAGGAACCAGGGAAGGCAGGGGAGGAAGUGAGGCAGGAUCAGAGAGCCUGGCACAGACGGGAGACCCAAAGAGAAGCAGGAGGCUGCUGGGCCAAGAGGGCGUGAAAUCACACCGCCAGGGAGGAAAAGGGCAAGAAGGAGAGGCUGCUAACUGAGGCACAGCGCCUGCUGUGGAGGACCAGGAGGCGCUAGCGGGCAGGUGAAGGUGGCUGGGAAGCUCUGUGGCUACUCCAGAGGAGCUCGGUGCUGCCUGCCUGGCCCCAACUGCAGAAGGUCAGCUGGCUCCUGGUAGGACAAGGGGAGAGUGGACUGAGCGCAGGAUGCGGGCACGGUCAGGGGCAGCCCGGUUCUGCCUUCACGCUGAUGAUGCCGGAGCGCACCAGAGCCCCGAGCUCAACCUUGACCCAGACCCUCACCUCCCCGACUCACCUAAGGGCUCCAUGAAGGGCGGCAAGUUCAAGGAACAAGACCCGUGUCCCCCUCAACCCAUGCAAGGGCUGGCGAAGGGAGACAAGCGAGAAGAGCAGGGGCUGGGUCCCGAACCCCCAGUGCCCCCGCAGCCCACCGAGGAGGAGGAGGCGCUGAUCGAGUUCCACCGCUCCUACCGAGAGCUCUUCCAGUUCUUCUGCAACAACACCACCAUCCACGGCGCCAUCCGUCUGGUAUGCUCCAAGCACAACCGCAUGAAGACGGCCUUCUGGGCCGUGCUGUGGCUCUGCACCUUCGGCGUGAUGUACUGGCAGUUCGCCUUGCUCUUCGAAGAGUACUUCAGCUACCCUGUCAGCCUCAACAUCAACCUCAAUUCAGACAAGCUGGUCUUCCCGGCCGUCACUGUCUGCACCCUUAAUCCCUACAGAUACACUGAAAUUAAAGAGGAGCUGGAAGAGCUGGACCGCAUCACGGAACAGACGCUCUUUGACCUCUACAAAUACAACUCCUCCUACACGGUCAAGCCUGGGUCCCGCCGCCGCCGCAUCCGCAACCUCGGGAGGGCCCUUCCACACCCCCUGCAGCGCCUGUACGCUCCGCCUCCGCCCUACCCAGCCCGAGCGGCUCGCAGCUCGUCUUCCAGUGUACGGGACAACAACCCCCAAGUGGACCGGAAGGACUGGACGAUCGGCUUCCAACUGUGCAACCAGAACAAAUCGGACUGCUUCUACCAGACGUACUCAUCUGGGGUGGACGCAGUGCGGGAGUGGUACCGCUUCCAUUACAUCAACAUCCUGUCCAGACUGCCCGACACCUCACCGUCUCUGGAGGAAGAAGCCUUGGGCAGCUUCAUCUUCACCUGCCGCUUCAACCAGGCCCCCUGCAACCAGGCGAAUUAUUCUCAGUUCCACCACCCCGUGUAUGGGAACUGCUACACUUUCAACAACAAGAACCACUCCAAUCUCUGGAUGUCUUCCAUGCCUGGCGUCAACAACGGUCUGUCUCUGACACUGCGCACAGAACAGAAUGACUUCAUCCCCCUGCUGUCCACAGUGACGGGGGCCAGAGUGAUGGUGCAUGGGCAGGACGAGCCUGCCUUUAUGGAUGAUGGUGGCUUCAACUUGCGGCCUGGUGUGGAGACCUCCAUCAGCAUGAGGAAGGAAGCCCUGGACAGCCUUGGAGGCAACUACGGUGACUGUACAGAGAACGGCAGUGAUGUCCCUGUCAAGAACCUGUACCCUUCCAAGUACACCCAGCAGGUGUGCAUUCACUCCUGCUUCCAGGAGAACAUGAUCAAGAAGUGUGGCUGUGCCUACAUCUUCUACCCUAAGCCCAAGGGCGUAGAGUUCUGUGACUACCGAAAGCAGAGCUCCUGGGGCUACUGCUACUAUAAGCUGCAGGGCGCCUUCUCCCUGGACAGCCUGGGCUGUUUCUCCAAGUGUCGGAAGCCAUGCAGCGUGACCAACUACAAGCUCUCUGCUGGCUACUCACGAUGGCCCUCUGUGAAGUCCCAGGAUUGGAUCUUUGAGAUGCUGUCCUUGCAGAACAAUUACACAAUCAACAACAAAAGAAAUGGAGUUGCUAAACUCAACAUCUUCUUCAAGGAGCUGAACUAUAAAACGAAUUCGGAGUCUCCCUCUGUCACGAUGGUCAGCCUCCUGUCCAACCUGGGCAGCCAGUGGAGCCUGUGGUUCGGCUCGUCGGUGCUGUCUGUGGUGGAGAUGGCGGAGCUCAUCUUUGACCUGCUGGUCAUCACAGUCCUCAUGCUGCUGCACAGAUUCCGAAGCCGCUACUGGUCACCAGGACGAGGGGCCAGGGGUGCGCGGGAAGUGGCCUCCACUCCAGCUUCCUCCUUCCCCUCCCGCUUCUGUCCCCACCCUACGUCCCCACUGCCUUCCUUACCCCAGCAGGGCACAACCCCCUCCCUGGCCCUGGCCCCUCCGCCUGCCUAUGCCACCCUAGGCCCCUGCGCCCAUCCACUGGACUCCGCAGUGCCUGGCCCUUCUGCCUGUGCCCUGGGGGAGCACUGAGAGAGGAGAGUGCUCCUCUCACCCAGGCCAGUGCUCCUGGGCACACUAAAGCUGAAGGCCGUCUUCAGCAGCACCUCCCACAGCUGCCCGGCUGUCUCUGGUGUGCCUGAGGGAGUAGACUAAAUAAGGGGCCCAGGAAAUGGUCCAGAGAAGAGUGGCUGGUGAGCGUUCCUGCUUCUGAACACGGCUUUCCACACAAGCUCAGACAAGUCUCCUUUUCCCUUGGAUCAGCCAAGCCAGACUUGGAGCUUUGACAAAGAACUUUCCUGGGAAACGACCAACGAACAAAUAUAAACAGGGCGCAGAAAAGCAGCCACCGGUUUCCUACCCCAUGACCAGAGAUUGGCCUGGCCACACUGCCUUCAAAGACACAGAUGUCUGCGCCCCUUCUUGAACUUGGGUGGGGAACCCCACCCAAAAGCCCCCUUUGUUAGUUCUUUGGCAAUUCCCCUUCCCUGACUCCCCAGGGUGGGGGCUAGAGUCAGAUGAGUAUCGUCAAGGUUUGGCCUUUCUCCUUCAUUUCCAAGCCUCUUCUCUCGUUUGACACACUGGAGCUCCGUGCCUCGGCAGCGGCGCUGUGACCUUCAUACUUGUCUUAGCUAUUUUCUCAGCCUAGAAGCUUCCCCUACCAUCUCCUAGAGAGCCUCUGUGCGCCCCCAUGACCCCUGUUGAAUGGCACCAUUACUUUCGUGAACUCUUUUGCCCUAUCCUGUCUCCCCCAGAAUUACCCCCUCCCCUCGUCCCCACAGUGCACUACGUUAUAUGUUCACAUUCUUUGGUAUCUGCCUCUGAGUAGACUGUGAAAUCUUUGUGAUCGGGGCUGCGUUUUGCUCAUUUUUAUAUCCUUCAGGUCUAGCCCACUAUCCCACUUGAAGCAGAUAGGCAGGUGCCCAAUAAAUGCGUGUUACGUAAAA